CUCUCUCUUGCAUAUCCCAUCAGUCAUCACGCAUUAUAAAUCUUUAACCAACAAUCUUUUCUUCUAUUGGCAGCAUAAAAAGCCUGCUUCUCUGCUUCCUUAAAAAACUAAAACUCCUUAAACAUCACCAAACUCCUGCAAUCUCAACCAUUCUCACCAAUACAUAGUACUCUACAAACACUUCAACAAAAAUGUCACCAACAUGUAAAAGCCUUAGCUCAAACCUUAAAACAAACAUGCUAUCAGAGGAGCUAAGAGUUCAAGGAAGAUUGGCCUUUCCAAUGGUGUUGAUGAAUUUAGCUUGGUUUGCCAAAACAGCUAUCACAACAGCAUUUUUGGGUCGACUCGGUGAGCUUAGCUUGGCGGGCGGUGCACUUGGGUUCACUUUCGCGAAUGUUACGGGCUUCUCGGUCUUGAAUGGUUUAUCUGGUGCCAUGGAGCCUAUUUGUGGACAGGCUCAUGGUGCUAAAAACGUGAGACUCCUUCAUAAGACUCUUCUCAUGACAAUUAUGUUGUUGCUAUUGGUAACAAUUCCUGUUACUUUUAUGUGGCUUCAUAUUGACAAAAUUUUGAUUCAUUUUGGACAACAAAAAGAGAUAUCGACUGUGGCUGGAACUUUUGUUUAUUAUCUCGUACCUGAUUUGUUUGUUAUGUCAUUCUUGUGUCCCUUAAAAGCUUAUUUGAGUUCUCAGAGUAUCACUCUUCCUACCAUGUUUAGUUCUGGUGUAGCACUUGCUUUUCAUGUUCCUGUUAACAUCUUACUCUCGAAAACCAUGGGUUUAAAAGGGGUUUCCAUGGCUGUUUGGAUAACUGAUCUUAUUGUUGUGAUUCUUCUGGCCAUUUAUGUUGUGAUUCUGGAGAAUCGAAUGGAUACCACGUGGAAAGAAGGAGGAUGGUGGGAUCAGAGUGUUAUGGAUUGGAUUAGGCUGAUCAAGCUUUGUGGAUCUUGUUGUCUUAACACAUGUAUGGAGUGGUGGUGCUAUGAGAUUCUUGUUUUGCUUACUGGCCACCUCGCAAACGCUAAGCAAGCGUUGGGAGUUUUAACCAUUGUGUUAAACUUCGACUAUUUGCUUUUCUCGGUGAUGCUGUCAUUGGCCACUUGUGUUUCAACCCGUGUCUCGAACGAGCUUGGCGCGAAUGAAGCUGACCGUGCUUACCGGUCUGCGCGUGUGUCUCUAGGAAUAGGUUUUAUCGCGGGAUGUACUGGAAGCUUGGUGAUGGUGGCUGCAAGGGGAGUUUGGGGACAAGUUUUCAGCCAUGAUAGAGGGAUUAUUAAAGGAGUGAAGAAGACAAUGUUGUUGAUGGCACUAGUGGAAUUAUUUAAUUUUCCAUUGGCAGUUUGUGGAGGCAUAGUUCGAGGGACAGCUCGACCUUGGUUGGGUAUGUAUGCAAGUCUAGGGGGGUUUUAUUUCUUGGCUCUGCCCCUUGGUGUUGUUUUUGCCUUCAAGCUUCGUCUUGGCCUUGUUGGACUCUUCUUUGGACUUCUUACUGGUAUUGUAGCUUGCUUGUCGCUUUUGUUAGUUUUUAUUGCUAGGAUAAAGUGGGUGGAAGAAGCUGCCAAGGCACAAAUAUUAACAAGUUCCGGUGUCAAAGAAGUUCCUUAUAAUGUGGCGGAAAUACAAAUUGGGCGUCAUGAAAAUGAUAAAGUGUAAAAUAUUAGUUCAAAAUUAUCUAUGUAUUAUGCGUGUGAUCAAACACUUGGCAAGGACGAAUAAGACACGUCUCAACCAUGCAUAACAAAAAUAGAUCAGAUUUUGCAACGGUUCAAUUGCUUGUAAAACCCAUUUCUAGAAAAUAUCGCUAAAAGAUAACAAUGGUCAUUCCAACCCAUAUGGGUUCUUAGCCAUUUUAGAUCA